AUGGAGUGUUGUAAUGGUCAGGACAAUUCAUUGGCAACACUUUGUGAACGUCUUCGAUCUGAAAAGCUUCUCGUUGCGAGUGAAUUGGAAAAUCUUCAGAGACUUAAUGAACAAAUUGAAUAUGAACGAAAUACAGUUGCUCAGUUGGCGUGGGUCGGCCGACAGGAACAGAUAAUAUUAUCGAAAUUAAUUAAUUCUCAUCCGAGCGUUAUACCUGAGAAUUGUUGUAUGUUAGUCGCACAGCUAGAAUCAGCGAGUUUUCUGGAAGGUUACCAUCGAAUCGAUGGACAACAUUAUGCAAAUGCUGCAAAUUUAUUGAAUUUGUUGUAUAGCUCAGCUAUUACUGUUGCACAACUUCUACAUGCUACAGAUAAAAUUCAAAAGAAAGACAAUGCAAUCAAUGAAGAAUUCGUGCAUUGUGUAUUCAGCUUUUUAUAUGGAUGCUGCUCAUUUCCUGCUGAUGAGCGUCGAAUUCUAGAAGUACUUUCUCAUCUUAUGCGGUUACAAAUUAUUUCACAGAAUGAUCCAAGAUUAGUGCUCCGUAAAGGAAAUACUUCUUUCUGUCGUCUUUAUCGUCUUUUUUCUGAAGACCUUCAUGUUGCAAAGGUUUUUUUAACAGCUGCCUUGCAUGAUUCUGUUAUGUAUUUAUUAAGCCAUGAUGAAAUAUUUUUGGACAUCGAACCGUCGAAAUCUGUAUUACGAUUUCCACGAGAAGAGCGAAGAAUAAGAUUCGGUGAAGAUGAAAAUUCACUCAGCUAUCUUCAGAAUUUAACUGCCCAUCGAAGUGAUAUCGAAGCACGAUUACUAGCAAUAAGUUCUCGUAUAAUGCAAUCUAUGACAUGUUUUCCUCCUGCAUUAAGUUGGCUUGUACGCCAUUUGCAUACAUCGUUAAUUAAAAAAAAUAUAAGUCAAGAGCAGUCUUCUCUUAUAUGCACUGAUUUAAUAUUUACUCAUCUGAUUUGUCCAGCUAUUGCGAAUCCUGAAACUAUCGGCGUAAUUGCUGAUACACCAAUAAGCUAUAUCGCGAGAUUUAAUUUGAUGCAAGUUGGACAAAUAUUGCAAACAUUAGCAGUUGCUCCGUUCGAACGGCCUCCAUCUCAUCUUGAAUAUUUUUAUUCGCAAUUUGAUCAGAACUCUAUGGCUCGAGUAGUGCAAUUCGUACUAGAAAGUAAUAAUGAUUCACUGGAUUCACUUUAUCCUCCGAUAAACACUGAUUCAAAUGGCACAGAGCAAUUUGUUCGGCACGUUUUUGCAGGAACAGUUGAACAAUUGAAUUGUUUGGUUGGAUGUUUUUGCAUUUCUGUACUCUCAGUUAUCAAUUCCAAUGCGUUGGAAGAUUUGGAAGAUAAUGAUUUUCGAUAUGAAAUAUUUUCUUUGAGAUCACGAUUACCUUGUCGAUUUAGCGCUAAUCGAUCUGAUUUGUUAAAUAGUCAAAAAGCCACGGCAACAAAGCAUAAUGAUUCACCAAAGCACAGUAUGGCCCAUAAUUCUUUUCGCCAACCGAAAUUGAGGAAUUUUGCAGUACAAUUUGCUGCUCAUCGAGUACCACAUCGUUCACAUUCUCAGCCUAUUGUUCAGGACAUUUGCAUUGCUGAUCAUGGUAAUAUGGAGGUUUUAUUAUUUCCUUUGGGUGAAAAUCGAGAGCCUCUUGGUCUCUGUUCUGAAGAAAAAUUCAUGGAAUCAGUGCAGCAGCGUGUCGCUCCUCGUAAGCAUAAAUUAUCAGAUAGUGCAGGCGAAAAACGAACGAGGUUUGUUGAUACGGAGAGCAUAGAUCGCACUACGGAUGGCGGAACCGAUGACGAAGAAGCACCCAGUUUAUCAUCUUCUAUUGAUGGUAACGUUGAUGGUAUGGAUGAUGAUGGCGAGAUAUCAACUUUGCCCGAUAAUUUUAGUGAUGUUAUGGCUAGUAGUGCAAAUAUAUCUGGUCGCGUAUCUCCAAGUGUUAGUGAUCCAAUUUCGGUUGGUGGACAGGAACAAAAUCAAGCUGUUGACCAAAUCCAGCAACCUCGAAGAAAUAGAGUGUUACAGUUGGCAAAUACGUCUCGUCGUAUCAAUACGCUUAAUCUUCCCGUAGCUAUUCGCAGAGAAAAUUCAGAAGGGCUUGAAGAACAGUUUGGAAAAUUUGGUCUUCCUCAACAAGAAAAUCGCAAUAUAUAUAGAGACGAAACUCAUUCUUUGAUCAGCGAAAACUGGUCAACCGAUGUCCUACCAUCUGAUACAGAAGGAUUCGGUGUUGAUGUUCGUGCUGAAGGAAAUAAUGCUCCUGUGAUCUCAAAUUUGCAGCCUCCUGGUGCUAAUGUGCCUCCAGUUCCAGUUUUACCAGUUGUGGCUGAGGCAAAUGAGAUGACUACACCUGGUAUUAGUAGUGGUACAUUAACGGUUGCACCUGUUCUAGAAGAUCGGAGUGAUACAUGGUCAGUGGAUGCGAUGGCGAGUGAUUCGGAAGCUGAUCCUUCUCACAGAACCGAUGAUUUACUAAUGAUCGAUGAUACAGAUGGAAUUGAUCGUGGUUCAGGCACAAGUGGCGGAAAUAAUACACCAAUGCUUGCUUCUGUUGGAAGUCAAAGUAGUAUGGUUGCUGGUGGAAGUGCUGCAACGCAUUCUCGUGACCAAGCUUCGGAAUUAGAUCGCAGUGUUAGAGGGAAGAUUCUAAGCACCGAACAAUCUGCAGAUAAGCAAGAACUGUCGUCUGGUUCAGGUCAUAUACCAAGUAAUCGCGAACAGUUAAGACGACAAUCUAGUGGCAGUUCAUUCUACUCAAAAUCUGAUGUCGAGUCGGAAUUUUCAAAUAUCAGAGACUUGAAUGAUGACGCGUUAUCUUUCAUACUCGGUGAUUACGUUCCAUCAUUUCGAAAUAGUAUUGGUGAACUUCAACUUCCCAGCAGUCCAGCUGCAUCAGUACUUGCUGUAGCCGGAUCAUUCUGUAAUGAUGAUAUUGAUGGGAGUUCAUCGAAAGAUGGUCAAGUGCGAGAACGUUCUCUUAGCCCAUCUAAGAGUGAACAACCUACAUCUGUGCAAACACCGUCCACAGAAACAGUCCAGGAUGAACCGUUAACAGUGGAAGAAAUAAAGCUCGACACUGAUCAUUCUAAAGGACAAGUGGAUCUAAGAAGUGAAAAUACUGAAAUUAAGCCAGAAAUUGCAGAAAAUCAAGUGAAACCUCAAAAAUUUAGGGAUAGUUUUGAUGUGCAAGCUAGAAAAGGUCUUUCUGCUGCUGUUGGUGGAAACAGUUCAGUGAAGAAGAAAAUGAAUAUAUUUUAUGGUUUACAAAAAGUCGGCGAAUCUUUGAAAAUGCGUAAAGGCAUAGCUGUGAGUUCCUUGCGUCAGUCACUAUCUCAGGCUACAACUAUGAGUGAAAUUGCUUCUGUGAGUUCGACUAGUGAUGCGAGAUCAAGAAAUGCCAAUCAGAAAUUUAUUAAAGAGGCAGUUAGAAAGGAACUCAUCGGAAAUUCUUCAUCUCGUUUGACAGAAAGUCGAUCAUUGAACGAGUUGAAUCGAACAGCAGAAAUCAAUCGGCAAACAGCUGAAGAGAUUCUAAAUAAAUAUAAAGGAAGAUUACCCUCCUCUCAAUAUAUUUUGAAGUCUAUUGCUACUCACAAAGAUACGAAGAAUGAAAAAAUUUUAUCAGAGUUAUAUUACGAUCCCAAUAAUCUAUUACAAUGUCGAGCAUUUUUGGAUGUAAAAAGAAAAUUGCGUUUAGUUUUAAGUUCUUUUGGUUCAGUUCCUGGGACAUCGUAUUCAGAUAUGACAUUUGGAGACAACUUGGCUUUACAAGGUCAACGGCAACUUAAUUCUUCAGGAUCUCAAAAAAGCGAUUCACAAAAACUGGUCGAUUUUCUACAAAUUUUACUUGCAGAAAGUAUCAAUGCUCAGGACAAAGCUCUCAGUGCGCAGAUUCGUGAAGUGUUGAGAUGCCUUUCAUCAUUCGAGGAAAAAGGAGUUCGGAAAUUAUUACGUACAUUGAAAGAUGAGCAUAGAAGAAGAACUGCAUAUCUACUCUAUCUUCAACAAUCUCGUCUUAUUCUUCUACAACUCCGUUCAUAUCUCGACAAAUUGACCAAUCAGUUGCGAAGACAGAAAUUGCUCACUGAUGAAUGUCUUGUUGAAGUACUAGUCGGUUUCUAUCUCCAACAGCGAAGAGAAGAUUUCUUUCGAUUCAUCGAAGAUUUCAAAUUAUUGGAAGCCCAGGAUGAAAGAACAGAUGCUGUGGAAUGUCUACUGCAGACUUUAUACGAAUUAUUACCUAAUGAGAAAAUGUGGCGUUACGCUGGUGAUGAACGCCUAACUUAUGUUCGCAAGAGUAUCGAACGUGCUCUUAUGGCUCGUAUUUAUAAAAUGGCUCUCUUUCCAAAUGGUGAAGCUGACCAGUCAAGAGAUAGUGUUUUCCACAAAUCCAUUGGAAAUCUCGCGCAAGUUAUUUCUCCAGACCAUCCGGAAUUAAAUAUACCAAAGCGAUUCCACGGUGAGUGUCCUUGGCCAUCUGCGCAGGCUGAGAUUGCAAUCAUCAAUGCUUAUAAAACUCCACGCGAUAAAAUGACUUGCAUUAUUCGCUGCUGUGAGACGAUACAGAAUCUUAUUAUGCUAGCUGCUCAACAAAAUACUGUAUCUGCUGAUGAUAUUACACCAGUUCUGGUAUAUGUUCUCAUACAGGCCAAUCCUCGAGCUUUACUUUCGAAUAUUCAGUACAUAAGUGAGUUUUAUGGCAAGCGAAUGGAAGGAGCUGAAGCCUAUUGGUGGGCGCAAUUCACAAGUGCAGUUGAAUUCAUCAAAACACUCUUGAAUCGGCAUUUUUAG